UACCGCAAAGAUAAAAAUGAGGUUUUUGAGCCAAUAGCAGACCUUAUAAAAAAUUCCGGCCUCGAGGAGUUGAAGAUAUUACUUAGGAAUCCAAAAUUAGACCGCACAGAAAGUAAUUCUCAAGAAAUCGAAAAACCUGCCGAAGAGAGCGAAGAGAACAGAGCCCAGCUAGUGGAUGUUAAGCCUGGCUAUCUGAUUGAUUACUGCGGUUCGAUUGUCAUUGGAUGCGAGGGUGAUGUUCGACAAAUUGAGAAUGCCAUCCGAAAACUGUUACACCCGGGGAACGUAAAUUAUGUCCCAGUUCGAUUGGAGUGCCUUGAACUUGGAGUCAAAAUCACCCAAGAGUCUGACAAUAAAGUAACAAAUGAAACCUACACGAGAAUAUUGACUGAGAGAGCGAGCAAUAUAACCGACGAUACGGAAGAUCUCGUGCAUUUCUGUAAAUGCCUGGAAAAAUGUUUUCAAAAGGGAGUUGCCAUGCGCUUAAAUGCCUUUGGAGUUCCAAAUAUUCCAGACCCCUGGCACUGUAUGGAAGAUCUAGCGAAAAGAAAAGACGACUCGCUGAUUUCGUUUACGAAUAUUGUGGAAAAUGUUUGUGAAAAUCAGAAAGUACAGGAAACCAGCGGUAAAUUCAGACUGUUGAUAAGGACAUGCCUAAGUCGCAAAUGCAUGCACGCCCCUGUUGGCUAUUUAGUAAGAAACCCGUUUUUAGCACUAAGUUAUUAUAACAAGGACAGUAUUCUUGGGGAUGAGAUCCUUGGUGAGAUAUUGCACUCGGUAUUGUUACAAAUAAGCAAGUUAAACUUUCGAUUAAACUUGAGGAACGCAAGCUUUCUGGACGAAACGUGGAAUUUACCGGAUUGCGCGAGCGUGGAAUUCGUGCCUUGCAAAACCCUUGGCAUAUCGGUCUGUUUUACUAAAGGAAAGACGUUGAUUAUUAAAAUUGAAAAAAAUUCCGUAGCUUCUUAUCACAAUGAAUUAGAAGUUGGUGAUGUUUUAGACGAAAUUAACGGUACUGUUAUAUCUACUCGAACUCGAGGAAAUUUACACAAAAUAUUUAAGAGAACUGCUUGUCUUCCAAUAUUUGCUCACAUUGUUAAG